AUGUCUGAUUUCCAGUUACAAAUUCUUCGCAAACUUGGUGAUUUGGGUGAGAUUCCCUCUACGCUUCAAGUUUUCCCUGACGUAGACCCACAAGACGUUUUAUCAGCGCUCAACUCUUUGAAAGCACAUGGGAAAUUAGAAUUCAAAAGAUACGAUUCAAUUCUUUACACUGCUACCGAUGAAGGUAAAGAGAUCGUCGCACAUGGAUCCCACGAAAUAAAACUUUUACAACUGAUCAACGAAUUGGGUAAAUUGCAAAUCAAAGACGUCCCAGCUAAAUUAGGUUCUACCGGUAAGGUGGGACAAGCCAGAGCAUUCAAGAAUGGCUGGAUCGUCAAGACAAAGGAAAACGAAUUGGAACCAAGCGAGAAGGUUAAGGGCCAAUUACCUGCUGACGAAACUCAGCUGGCCAUUACUAAAGCUGUUAAUGGUGAAAAGGUGGACGAUAAAGUAGUAACAGAUUUGAAAAAGAGAAAAUUGAUUACCCCAAAGAAGCAGACCGAUUUUUCUGUUUCUAAAGGUGCUGAUUUCUCUUUGGAAGUCGCUAAACCUGAGACCGAUAUUACUGCGGACAUGAUCGUUAGUGGAUCUUAUAAGAAUGCGGAUUUCAAACCUUACAAUUUCAACUCUCAAGGUAUUACAGUCAAUUGUGGUUCGUUGCAUCCAUUGAGUAAAGUUAGAGAAGAAUUCAGACAAAUUUUCUUCGGUAUGGGUUUUACAGAAAUGCCAAGUAAUCAAUAUGUGGAAACAGGGUUCUGGAAUUUCGAUGCUCUUUACGUGCCACAACAACAUCCUGCUCGUGAUUUACAGGAUACUUUCUACAUCAAAGAUCCAUUGACUAGUGAUCUCCCAUCUGAUAAGGCAUAUUUAAAUGAUGUGAAAGCUGUUCACGAGAACGGUAAAUUUGACUCAGUUGGUUACCGCUACACUUGGAAGGAACAAGAAUGUCAAAGAUUGGUGCUAAGAACUCACACAACUCCAACUUCCGCUAAUAUGUUGCACAAGUUAGCAGCAAACCCAGGUCCUGCCAGAUUAUUUUCCAUCGAUCGUGUUUUCCGUAACGAAGCUGUUGAUGUAACUCAUUUAGCUGAAUUUCAUCAAGUGGAAGGUGUUUUGGCCGAUUAUAACAUUACAUUGGGUGAUCUAAUUAAAUUUAUGGAAGACUUUUUCGCCAAAAUGGGUGUUACAGGUCUAAGAUUCAAACCAACUUACAAUCCAUACACUGAACCAUCGAUGGAAAUCUUCUCAUGGCACGAAGGUUUGAAGAAGUGGGUCGAAAUUGGUAACUCAGGUAUGUUCAGAGCUGAAAUGUUGGAACCAAUGGGUCUUCCACGUGACUUGAGAGUUCUUGGUUGGGGAUUAUCAUUAGAGAGACCAACAAUGAUUAAAUACAAGGUCCAAAACAUUAGAGAAUUAUUGGGUCAUAAGGUCUCUCUAGACUUUAUUGAAUCUAACCCUGCCGCUAGAUUAGAUGAAGAAUUGUAUUAG